AUGAAGAACCUCGCCCUCCCUAUAGUAGGGCUCCUAGCCCUAUGCAUCAACCCACCCCACGUUCGCUCUGAAUUCGUCUGGUUCGGCACCAACGAAGCCGGCGCCGAGUUCGGCCAGGGCUCGUACCCGGGCGAACUAGGCACACACUACAUCUGGCCCGACCUCGGUACCAUCGCAACACUCAAGAACGAGGGAAUGAAUAUCUUCCGCGUGGCCUUUUCCAUGGAGAGACUUGUUCCGAACUCGAUUACGGGGCCGGUUGCUGACGCUUAUAUGCAGGAUUUGAAGACGACUGUCAACGGAAUCACGGCCCUGGGGGCGUAUGCCGUUCUGGAUCCACAUAACUACGGGCGAUACUACGGAAACAUCAUAACCUCAACAACCGACUUCGCCGCAUUCUGGACGAUCCUCGCAACCGAAUUCGCAGAUAACGACCUCGUGAUCUUUGACACCAACAAUGAAUACCACACAAUGGACCAAACCCACGUCCUCAACCUAAACCAAGCAGCCAUAAACGCCAUCCGCGCAAUCACCACAACACAAUACAUCUUCGUCGAGGGCAACUCCUGGUCAGGCGCCUGGACCUGGACAACUAUAAACGACAACAUGAAACAGCUCACGGACCCCUCCGACCCCAGUGGUUCGAAGAUCAUCUACGAAAUGCACCAGUACCUCGACAGUGACGGCUCGGGUACGACGCCCAACUGCGUCUCCGCGUCGAUUGGCCGGGAGAGGGUGAGCGCUGCGACGGCGUGGCUGAGGGAGAAUGGGAAGAAGGGGAUCCUGGGGGAGUUUGCGGGCGGGGAUAAUCCGACGUGCAAGAGUGCUGUUGGCGAUAUGCUGGCGUUUUUGAGCGAGGCGAGUGAUGUUUGGCUGGGCGGGUUGUGGUGGGCGGCGGGGCCCUGGUGGGGGAAUUAUAUCUUCAAUAUGGAGCCGCCGAGUGGGGUUGGGUAUCAACAGUAUUUGGGGAUCCUGAAGCCUUAUUUUGUUGGUGGGGAUGGAGGGCCUAUUACUAGUACUACGACUACUAGUACGACGUUGACGACGACGACCACCACGACCAGCAGUGCUACGGCCACGAGCACUGGAGCGCCGAGGUGGGGGCAGUGUGGCGGAAAUGGGUGGACGGGUCCGAGGGCCUGUCAGAGCCCCUGGACUUGUACGGUGGUGAAUGAGUGGUAUUCACAAUGUUUGUGA